UUAUUCUUUUCACUCCUCUUGUUUUUAUGUCACUUUUUAGUGCUUACUCUUCACUCCUUCUCCCCCCCACCCCCGCAAAAAAAAAAAAAAAAAAAAAACUUGCCUCCUCCUUGGCUUCUUCACUGGCCCUUUCGCGCACACACAAAAUAUAACAAUGUCGUUCUUGUUUUGAGUUUUUCUUGAUCUCAAAAAGUUGCUAUUUUUUUUACCUGCAUUGUUUCGUUUUGGUCGCCAUAUGAUUUAAUAGUAAAUGGGUUUUAUUGUUUGCUUCUGAGAAUGAGAAAAUUUGAUGGUACUGGAAUUUCUGCUAUGGAGUCUACUUUAACAGGUCUUGUUCUCGAUCCCACCAAAUUUAGCCAAUUGAGUUUGGAAGAGAAAAGACAAUUAGUGUAUGAAAUUUCUCAAUGCUCAGAAGAUGCGCCAAAGAUCUUGAGUUCAUUGACCAGAAGAGAACUUCUAGAGAUUAUAUGUGCUGAGAUGGGCGAAGAGAGAAAGUACUCUGGCUACACAAAAUUCAAAAUGAUAGAUCAACUUCUAAAGCUGGUUUCUUGUAAGUCCAGCACAAAUACUGGUUCUGGUUUCAAAAGGCAGCGAAAGCAAGAAAAUCAAUGUCAAACUUUGGUUCAGAAUGGUGAAGCUAAGUGGGAGAUGGAAAGCAAAACUCAAUUCCUACUCUGUCAUAAUUUGGCAUGUAGAGCUACUCUUGAGAGAGAGGACGUUUUCUGCAAAAGAUGUUGUUGCUGCAUUUGUCAUCAGUAUGAUGAUAAUAAAGACCCUAGUUUGUGGUUAACCUGUGAAUCUGAUUCUCCAGAUGAAAUUAAGCCAUGCGGAUUGUCAUGCCAUCUAAAAUGUGCACUUGAACACGAACAAUCCGGCAUUUUGAAGAAUUGCAUCAAUCAAAAACUAGAUGGAGAUUUCUACUGUGUUUCUUGUGGAAAAGUUAAUGGGUUGAUGAGAACCUUGAGAAAACAAUUGAUGACGGCGAAGGAGGCGAGAAGAGUUGAUGUGCUUUGUUUAAGAAUCUCUCUAAGCCGUAAGAUCCUGGAGAAAACUGAGAAAUACAAAGGACUGCUGAAACUUGUUGAAUUGGCUGUUGAGAUGCUGAAGAAUGAAGUAGGGCCUCUUGCACAGGCGUCAGAGAAGAUGGAUCGCAGAAUAGUGAACAGGCUUUCUUGUGGUACCGCAGUUCAGAAGCUGUGUGGUUCUGCAUUGGAAGCUUUUGAUUCCAUGCUUCCCAACCAAUACUUUAAUCCUAUGACAAAGGAAGAGCCUCCGAUGCCUUGCCGGAUGCAUUUUGAGGAGCAAUCUCCAUCUAAAAUAACCAUUGUCUUCAAAUAUGAUGAUCGUAUGCUGAAAGAACUAAUAGGCUUCAAAUUGUGGUAUCGAAAGUCCACUGCAGACGAAUAUCCAGAUGACGUAACUUUUAUUGCACUAAGCCCUGCGACGAGAUUUAAGCUGGACGGUCUUGAUCCUUCUACGCAGUAUUUCUGCAAGGUUUCUUUCUUCAGCAAGACAACGACUUUGGGGGUUCAGGAAGUAACAUGGGUAACACCUGCCUUGCACCCGAGCUGUAAGUCAGGUUUUGAUGAAGUACAAAGGGAGAGAGAAAAUGCUACUACAGAUAGUACAGUGAUGCAUGCCGAGUCAAUGAGUUCUACUGACAACAAACUAACAACUUAUGAUCCAAACGCCAUUGCAUUUCCUACAUCCCCUCUUUCGAAGAUGCUAAUUCCUUUAGCAAGUCCAGUUUCAAGUGCUCCGGCAACACCUUGCCAAACUGAUGGGUCAAAGGAAGCACAAUUGAGUGAUUACGAGUACUCUGUAGGAAUCAUCAGAAAGUUGGAGCAUGAAGGGCUGAUAGAAACAGAUUUCAGAGUGAAGUUCUUGACUUGGUUCAGCUUGAAAGCCACUACACAACAGAGAAAGGUAGUUAGAGUUUUCAUAGACACCUUUAUCGACGACCAUUCAAGUAUGGCGGGGCAACUUAUGGAUACGUUCAUGGAUGAGAUAUGCAGGGAGCAGAAAGUCGCCCAGCAUGAGCUCUGCAGUAGAUUCUGGCAUUAAACAAACAUCUACCUUCUGAAAUUAGCUAGGGAAAUACAAAGCACGUCGUUUUGAAAAUUUACACCGUCGAUUAUCCUACUAACCAAUCUUUGACAACUUAUGUUCUGAAUUUUUUUUCUUGUGAAUCGUAUCCACAAAUGUAAUCUCUAGAGAUAAUAGAGGGUUGAAUUUGUUUAGUUGUUAUUUAAGGAUAACAUUUCCAGAAUGACGGGAAACCUUCUUCAUGAUC